AUGUCGCGAUCGGCUCGUACGAACACCAACAGUCAUCUAUUCAAUGUUGGCGACUAUCGUCGUGAGGCUGUAAAAGUGUAUUCAGGUAAGAAAUUUUUUGAUCCAAACAAUGCUGAAGCAGUAGCAAUUCGAAAACAAUGUGCCCAGAAUGCAUUGGAAGAUAUGUGCAACUUUCUUCAGAACGAAGGUGAAGUAGCCAUAUUUGAUGCAACCAAUACAACCUGCGAGCGACGCCGUAUAAUAUACAAUUAUUGUACGGAAAUGUGUUGCUUUCGUGUUUUCUUUGUUGAACCAAUUUGUGAUUUGCCGGAAAUCAUUGAAGCGAAUAUUCGAGAAGUGAAACUUAAAAGUCCUGAUUACAAAGAUGUACCACAAGCGGAAGCCUUCCAAGAUUUUCUUUCACGUAUUGAACUCUAUAAAAAACAGUACGAACCAAUUGAUGAUAAAAUAGAAGAAAAGCAUUAUUCAUUUAUCAAAAUUUAUAAUUGUGGUGAACGAUUUCUAGUUCAUAAGAUCGGUGGCAAUAUUCAAAGUCGUGUCGUUUAUUUUCUCAUGAAUAUCCAUGUUCUCCCGAGAACUAUUUAUCUUACUAUGGUCAGUUAA